AUGCCGAUGCAGGCUCGGUUUAGAAAAGGAGCACAUUCCCCUCCUGCAACGCAUGAUCGAGCAUCCGUCCGUCCGGCCCCUUCGCCAGGUCCACAACCUAGGCGUCAAGGAGGGGUCGUGCUCGAUGGAUUAGAUGGUGCUCUAAACGUUUUACGAGCCGUUGGCCCGGCGACACAAAUCCCAUACGUUAGAGAAGCGGCGGGCGUGUUGCUACAAAUUGUUAAUAUUAUCCAGGCCGUUCGGGACAAUCAAGAUGAAUUUAAACGUCUCAUCAUUCAUGCUGCUGAAAUAUUGACGCGGCUUGAAGUGGUUUGGAAAGAUCAACGUUCGAAAAGAGUAUCCAACGAGUUGCAUGCGAGCCUAAAGAAGCUUUACAGCAUCGUCAUAGGUGUCCAGGCCUUCGUUGAAGAAAUUACCCGCCGGAGUCGCUUCAAACGCACCAUAUGCUGCAAGUCUGAUUUGGUUCGAAUUCAGAUCAUCAAAGAUGAUUUAAACAACUGUCUGGAAUAUUUCAAAGUCGACGCACUGAUAAUCACGAAUCAAGAGAUAGUCCAGUUAAUGAAAAACAUGACGUUGCUUCAAAGACAAUUUCAUGAGGGGCAUUCCGUCUGCACUGCAUCCUCGCACGCCUCCCCUAUCUCCUCCCCCAGCACGUCCUCCCUCGAAUCUACUGUUACGCAAAAUCAAUCCAUAUACACGAACCCACAUCCCAAUACCUCAGGCUACGGCGAGGUCAUCGCACUAGGCUCCGGGAACGAUUGCUGUUUGAGCCACCUCACAUUGGUCCCCACACCAGACAAGGUAGUCUACCCCCCGCAACAAUCUACCAGUCAUGCCGAGGAUCAAGCCAAUAAUGCCUCAGACACAGAGAGCGCCAAAGCACCAGAGGGUGCUUCACCGCAAGCCAUCGAAGUCCCUGAUCAUAACGAGAUGUGA